CAGCCCAGCCUCCAGCCUCAGCCCCGCGCCCAAACUCGGCCGGGCCGGGCCGCAGGCGACGCCCAGGCUUCGGGGGAGCCCCGGCGAGCAGGGACCCCCGAGCCCCGCCCCUGGCCGCAGCCCCGUGCCCGGGGGAAGCUCGAGGACCAUGAACAGCAGCAGUAAAGGCGACAAGGAGGACAGUCCGAGCGAGGCCAGUCUCCAGGAGGAAGAGGUCAGGACCCUGUUUGUUAGUGGCCUACCCCUGGACAUCAAGCCCCGGGAGCUGUACCUGCUCUUCAGACCAUUCAAGGGCUAUGAAGGAUCUCUUAUAAAGCUUACAUCCAAACAGCCGGUGGGCUUUGUCAGUUUCGACAGUCGCUCAGAAGCAGAAGCUGCUAAGAAUGCGUUGAAUGGCAUUCGCUUCGACCCUGAAAUUCCACAGACGCUGCGGCUAGAGUUCGCCAAGGCGAACACGAAGAUGGCCAAGAGCAAGCUGGUUGGGACCCCGAACCCCAGCACCCCUCUGCCCAGCCCCAUCCCUCAGUUCAUUGCCAGGGAGUCAUAUGAGCUCUCAGUGCCUGCACUUUACCCCACUAGUCCUGAGGUGUGGGCACCAUUCCCUCUCUACCCAGCGGACUUAGCGCCUGCUCUGCCUCCUCCUGCUUUCACCUACCCUGCCUCACUGCAUGCCCAGAUGCGCUGGCUCGCUCCAUCCGAGGCGGCUUCUCAGGGCUGGAAGUCCCGUCAGUUCUGCUGAAUUCUAUGUACCAGGUGUGUGAUGGUGGCUACGAUCUGUCUUGUGGGAGUUGAUGCCAUCCUCCUCGGUGGCUCCCAGUAUCUCAGGCCGCUCCUCC